GUCCUUUGCGAGCAAGGAAAGCCAAAACAAACGCCGAAUUCAAAUCAGCCCCACCGAAAUUUCCCCCAAAACAUUGAUGGAGGGAACUGGAACGGCCCGGUUUUUUGGUGUCCAACCCUAUUUAAUUCACCACACUCUUCUUUGCUUUUUUUACUCCAACCGUGGCCUGCCCCCGCUCCGCUCCGCUCCUCUCCCCUUUUCUUUCACCUUCCCUUCCUUCCCAGGCAGCCUUCUUGCUUUCUUUCUUUCUUUCAAGAAGCCAAGGAGGGAGAAGGGAAACCACCACACCACACCACACCACCCCACCCCGCCCCGCCGCGACGCCAUGGACGCCUGGGAGGCCACCAAGGCGGUGUUCGACCGGGUGCGCGCGCUGGACCCGGACAACGCGUCCAAGAUCAUGGGCCUGCUGCUCAUCCAGGACAACAGCGACAAGGAGCUCAUCCGCCUCGCCUUCGGCCCCGACCACCUCCUCCACGCCUUCGUCGCCGCCGCGCGCGCCGACCUCGCCGCCUCAUCCAAGCCGGCCUCCCCGCCCUCGCCCGUGCUCGGCCCGCUCCACCAGCCCGCCUCGCCCUGGGGCCCACCGCCAUCCGACCACCACCACCAGCACCAGUCCCCCUUCUCCGCCGCCGACCACGCGCUCGGGUACGACUACGACGGCGCCGCUGCCGCUGCCGCCCCCGCCUCCGCAGACGCCUUCUUCCCCGACGACUACGACUGCUGGUCCCCGGCAGGCGGCGCAACCGCCCACCGCCGCAGCUUCUCGCUCAGUGACGCCGAGGUCGCCGGCGCCGCCGGCGCCGGCGCCUGGAGGCCCUGCAUGUACUUCGCGCGUGGGUUCUGCAAGAACGGCUCCUCCUGCCGCUUCCUCCACGGCUUGCCCGAGGACGACGACGCCGCCACCGCGGAGCGCGAGAUGGUCGUCAUGCGCGCCAAAGCCCUCGCCGCCGCGCGCUCCCAGCAGCAGCAGCAGCAGCUCAUGGCGUCCGCGUUUCCCUUCUCGCCGUCGCCGUCGCCGCCCAAGGGCGUCAACCUCAACUUCCUCCUCCACCACCACAACCAGCAGCAGCAGCAGAACGAGCCCCAAAGGGCGGCGGCUGCGGCGGCGGCGGCCAUGCUGCUUCAGGGCGGCGGCGGCGACGACAUGCACGGCAGGUUCCCGGUGCGGUCGCCCCGGAUGGACCGCGGCGAGCUCAUGUCCAGCCCCGCCGCUCGGCAGAUCUACCUCACCUUCCCGGCCGACUCCACCUUCAGCGAGGAGGACGUCUCCAACUACUUCAGCAUGUACGGGCCGGUGCAGGACGUGCGCAUCCCGUACCAGCAGAAGCGCAUGUUCGGCUUCGUCACCUUCGUCUACGCCGAGACGGUGAAGAUCAUCCUCAGCAAGGGCAACCCGCACUUCGUGUGCGACGCGCGCGUCCUCGUCAAGCCUUACAAGGAGAAGGGCAAGGUCCCCGACAGGUUCAGGAAGCUGCAGCACCCGCACCAUGGCGACUUCGCCGGCUGCACGUCGCCCACCGGAUUGCUGGAUUCCAGAGACCCCUUCGACCUGCAGCAGCCGCAGAUUGGACCAAGGAUGAUGUACGGGAACAUUGCCAACCACGAGGCGUUUCUGAGGAGGAAGCUGGAGGAGCAGCACCAGGCGGCGGAGCUGCAGCAGGCCAUCGAGCUGGAGGGGCGCCGCUUCAUGGGGCUGCACCUCCUCGACCUCAAGAGCAGGGGCCACCACCUCGGCUCCUCCACGGCCGCCAUGGGGCAAGGCGAGGGCGGCAAAGGCAAUGGCAAUGCCGUCCAGCAAGAGGAUGCCAACAUCCAAGCAGAUACUCCUACCAAGACGAUGAACAGUAACAGCCUUGCAAUGAGUGCGCCUGCAGCCGAUGCAGGAGGCGAGCACGAGGAGCAGCAGGGAGAAGAGGAUGGGGAUGGGGAUGGGGGUGGCAGUCCCAAGCAGGCAGUCAACCCUGGGGAAGAGGAGAAGACGGAAUCUGGUCCUGUCACUGCUGCUACUACACCCAUUGUUGCUUGUGGAUUCCAAGAAAGUGGCCUGGUGGAGCACAUUUUGCCUGACAGCCCCUUUGCAUCCCCCACCAAGGCCACCUCCACUGAUACAGCUCCAGCAGCUCAAAAUGGAAACAUCAGCAAUGGCAGCCCUCACCAUGUGGCUUCAUCCCUCUUCCCACCUGCAUCCACCAUUGAGCUGCCCCCAUACAACUCCUGCUUCUUUCAGGCGCCCAGGUUUUCUCCUGGGCAUGAAGCCAUUGGGCUGUGAAUACAGAGCAAAAGGGGUCUCCUUUCCUCUAAUCUGGGAGGACUAUCAAUGACCCCAUCAAGUGGAGGAAAGAGUAGAAAGCUUUAAUUAACAAAUACUAGGUGUAUCUUCAGAGAGGGACAGCAACAAAAAAAAGACAAGUCUAGGUUGUUUUAGCUGGGCCUAAGUAUAUGAUAUGAUAGUAGUCCUAUAAAUAAUAAUAGUAGUCGUUUAGUAGCUCCUGCCAGUAUCAAGAUUCAUCAAGAACAAGAUCAAAUCACUGGUCCAUCCCGUUUGCUCAUUUGUGGUAGUAUGGAUCUCAGUAUGAUUACAGGUAAUUAAACCGUAGAUGAUGGUGUAGUACUAGUAACUAGACAACUAGUCCUGGCAGCCAGUUGUAGUGAAGUGACAUGGCUGCAUACAGACAUCCAAAGGAAACAGAAGAGGGUCGAGAGGUAGUGGACAAAAGCCAGGCCAGACGGACAUGGUGCUGCUGCUUGCAGCUGCACAAGGAAAAGUGAUGAGACGAGACGAGAGGGGGUGUACUGCUGGGACCAGAGCACUCACGGGCGCAGAGAAUCCCCUUCUCCAUGAGCAAUUUCAGCAGAGACCAGGCCUCUCAUCUGUGGAUGUACUAUUUUGCCCAUGCAGUACUCCUUGUCGUUGGGUCUGUGCAUCCACCUUUUGCUCUACUUUUCACCCUUGUAGUAGAAAAACAGCAGGAGGUAGUAGUAGACAAAGAAAUGGAAAAGUAAUUAUCAGUCAUUUAUCUUGGUCCA